AUGGUCCUCACCCUAAAUGAGUCUGUGGCCCAGAGGGCGAGACUGAUGUUUGAGGUCGAGAAGGGAAAGGGCAGGCUCCCCGAGUCUCGGCUUUGUGUGAGAGCAGAGCCUGAGUCUGAGCUGGAACUGGAGCCGGAGCCCACACCAGAACCCACACCAGAACCCCAACCACGGAGCUCCCUUAGGGCCUCCUCCAUCUGCCGCCGCAGCCUCCACUCCCAGGGCCUGGAGUCCAGCCUCAGCUGCGGUCUCGGCGACUGCCCUGAUAUGCCUCUUCCUCUGAUCCCAGGGGAGCGCCAGGCUGGUGAUGGCACCUCCCUCCCUGAGACUCCCAACCCCAAGAUGAUGUCAGCUGUCUACGCAGAGCUUGAGUCUCGACUGAACAGCAGCUUUAAAGGGAAGAUGGGGACCGUGUCCAAAUCCCGGGCCUCCCCUCCAGGUCCAAGCCUCAUGGGCACAGCAGGGCCCAGGACCCUGUCCAGCGUCUCAUGGCCAAGUGAACGGCUCCUACCCUCUCCCUGCUAUGACCCGCUGUGCUCUGGGGGCCUGGCCUCCCCCAGCAGCUCUGAGUCCCACCCCUAUGCCAGCCUGGACAGCAGCAGGGCACCCUCCCCGCAGCCAGGCCCAGGGCCUAUCCGUCCGGACAGUCCCCUGAGCCCAGACCCUGUGCGGCCACCCAGCCGCAGGAAACUCUUCACGUUUUCCCAUCCUAUGCGGAGCCGGGAUGCAGACCGCUUCCUGGAUGUGCUGAGCGAGCAGCUGGGCCCCCGGGUCACCAUCGUGGAUGAUUUCCUGACCCCUGAAAAUGACUACGAGGAGAUGAGUUUUCACGAUGACCAGGGCAGCUUUGUGACCAACGAGCGGAGCAGCGCAAGCGACUGCAUCAGCACCAGCGAGGAAGGCAGCUCCCUGACCUACUCCUCCAUCUCUGACCACAUUCCCCCGCCCCCACUCAGCCCCCCGCCACCACCACCCCUGCCCUUCCACGACCCCAAGCCCAGCUCCCGCCCCUCUGACGGUUCCCGGGGCCCUCCUCAGGCACUAGCCAAGCCCCACCCCCAACUCAGUCACCCGGUCCCGCCCCCUCCCCCACCGCCCCUGCCCCCACCCGUGCCCUGUGCACCCCCCGUGCUGUCCCGGGGCCUGGGCCACCGGCGCAGCGAGACCAGCCACAUGAGUGUCAAGCGCUUGCGGUGGGAGCAGGUGGAGAACUCGGAAGGCACCAUUUGGGGUCAGCUUGGGGAGGACUCUGACUAUGACAAGCUGAGUGACAUGGUGAAAUACCUCGACCUGGAACUCCACUUCGGUACCCAGAAACCUGCGAAGCCGGUGCCCAGGCCUGAGCCAUUCAGGAAGAAGGAGGUGGUGGAAAUCCUGUCCCACAAGAAGGCCUACAACACUUCCAUCCUCCUAGCGCACCUGAAGCUGAGUCCCGCGGAGUUACGCCAGGCGCUCAUGAGCAUGGAGCCCCGGCGCCUGGAGCCCGCGCACCUGGCGCAGCUCCUGCUCUUCGCGCCCGACGCCGAUGAGGAGCAGCGCUACCAGGCCUUCCGAGAGGCGCCCGGCCGCCUCAGCGAGCCGGACCAGUUCGUCCUGCAGAUGCUGUCAGUUCCGGAAUACAAGACCCGCCUGCGCAGCCUUCACUUCCAGGCCACCCUACAGGAGAAGACCGAGGAGAUCCGAGGCAGUCUCGAGUGCUUGCGACAGGCAUCCUUGGAGCUCAAAAAUAGCAGGAAGCUUGCUAAGAUAUUGGAGUUUGUCUUGGCCAUGGGUAACUAUCUCAACGAUGGACAACCCAAGACGAACAAGACCACUGGCUUCAAGAUCAACUUUCUGACAGAGCUGAACUCCACUAAGACAGUGGAUGGGAAGUCCACCUUCCUCCACAUCCUUGCCAAAUCGCUGAGCCAGCACUUUCCAGAACUCCUGGGCUUUGCUCAGGACCUGCCCACUGUGCCCCUGGCUGCCAAAGUGAAUCAACGGGCCCUGACCGGUGACCUGGCUGAUCUCCAUGGUACCAUUAGUGAGAUUCAGGAGGCCUGCCAGAGCAUGUCCCCCUCCAGUGAGGACAGGUUUGCUGUGGUCAUGACGUCCUUUUUGGAGACAGCCCAACCCACACUGCGGGUGCUGGACGGACUGCAGCGGGAGGCCAUGGAGGAGCUGAGCAAGGCACUGGCCUUCUUUGGGGAGGAUUCUCAAGCCACCACUUCUGAGGCCUUCUUUGGCAUUUUUGCAGAGUUCAUGAGCAAGUUUGAGCGAGCACUCAGCGACCUGCAGGCUGGGGAGGGUCCUCGCAGCUCUGGGAUGAUUUCGCCUCUAGCCUGGUGA